AUGGCGGCGGCAAAUACACCGUAUCUUGUUUCCGAUGACUUUAACUACGAAAUCUGGGCUCCAAUCGUGAAAGCUACGCUUGUGGAGAAAGGACUUUGGAACGUCGUCGAAAACGGAAUCCAGCCGGAUCGGAGAAACCUUGUGGUAAAAGACAAGGAAGCGCUCGAGGUAUUGCGAUCUUCUCUACCAGAUUCGGCUUUCAGGACGACUCUCUGGGCUUCUUCCUCUUCAGCCAAGGAUCUCUGA